AUGUCGUUCAAUCAUCAUUUGAAUUUUAAUAUCUCCAAGGCUACCCCAACCACUUCAACCAGCAAUACAAAUACUAUCAGUGAUUCAAUUUCUAUUGGCCACAGUGAAUCACCCUCUUCAUUGGAUGGAUCAACCACUUCAUCUUCUGUCAAAUCACCACCUUAUUUACAAAGUAUAUUAAUGAAAUCCAAUCGAGAUACACUUAAUAAUCCAACAGCCAGCCCACCCCUCGCACCCCAACCACAAUCACAAUCUCAAUUAACAUCUUCAACAACACAUCAAGCACUUACAUCAUCACCAAAAUUGACAGCUAGUUCGGCUGUUCCGGCAAUUUUAACAAUUAAUAAUAGUGAUCAUACAAGUAGUAAUACAACAGCAAAGAAUUCGUCAAACUCGUCUAAAACUGAUUUGAUUGGAUUGUUUGAUAAGUUUGAUAUCAACAAAGAUGACAAAGAUCAGACUAGGAAACAAGAGGAAAAUGAGCAAGCUGGAGAAUUAUCGAGUGAGAAGCAUGUUGAUGUAGAUGAUGAUACUGAUCAUGAACAUAAAUUGGAAAAGAUGAACCUGGAAGAAGACAUUGAAAAGGAAGAAAAACAACAUAGCAGUAAAGAAGAGGUUAUCAUCACCACAGAAAGUGUGCAUUUGGAAAAAGGAAGUUUGCGAUUAGAUAAAGACACAAACCAUGAACAAUCGUCACCAAAGGAAACAAUUGAAAAGAAUAAUGGCACGGCAUCCAUCGCUGCAUUAAUGACCAUACAGCCGUACAUUCCACCUGAGGAAGAAGAGAAACCAGAGGCCCAAGCAAAGUCUUCUACCACACAGUUUAAUGAUAAUUUAAUCGAUUUGGGAGAUACAUUCUCCAAAGAGACAUUAGAAAAACAAAAACCAAUAGAAAUCAUCACGGAAAAACCAGUUGAAUCUACCGUUCAAGACAACAUUGACAAACACGCCUCCCCAAGAAAUGUCAUUCAGGGUGAUAUAUCAGAUAUUGAAGGUAAAGGUGAAGAAAACCUUCCAGUUGAAGAAUUCGAAGUAAAAGUAACAACUCCAGUACCGGAACCACCACAAGAAAGAUCGACUAAUGAACAAGAACAACCAGUAGCAAACAAACCACACAAACAUAGAUUUCAAAUUAAUGAUUCUGAAGAACAAAACAAACAAUCACAUAAACCAUUUGAUUUCCAAAACUUUUUAUCUCAAUUGCGUAAGAAAUCAGCUGAUCCAAUUGUCAGAUAUAUACGGUCGUUCUUAAGUUCAUUCAUUAAACUGGGUCAUACAUUUACAGCUGACCAAAGAAUGAAAAUUAUUAAGGAUUUCAAGAAUUUCAUGAAUGAAAAGUUUGCUUUGUAUGAACCAUUUGCAUCGAUGGAUCAAAUUGAUUUAGAAAAUUCUCGAGAAGGGUUAGAAAAAUUGAUUAUGAAUCGUUUGCACGAUUUGUGUUUCCCACCAGAAGUUGUUAAACAAAAUUUGCCUUAUAUUCCUGAAGUGUACACACGUGACUUGGAAAAGGAUGAAUUAUUCAGUUUGCAGUUGGAAAAAUUCUCUUGGAUCAAUGGAUCGCAUUUGGAUAUCGAUAUGAAUGAUUUGGCCAACACUAUUGUUAAGAAUAACCAAUCAUUUUUGGAUUAUGCCAUAACGGAGUUGAACAAGAUUAAUAACUAUAGAGCUCCUAGAGAUAAAAUCAUCUGCAUUCUUAAUUCCUGUAAGAUAAUAUUUAGUUAUUUGAAGUUGCGUAGGCAAGAAACAAAUGCCGAUGCUUUUAUCCCAAUUUUGAUUUUGGUUAUUUUCAAGGCCAAAACAGAAAAUUUGGUUAGCAAUAUUCACUAUAUUGAAAAUUUCAGAGGUGAUGAAUGGUUAUCUCACGGCGAAACAAGCUAUUAUCUUUCAUCAAUUCAAGGUGCUAUCAGCUUUAUCGAGAAUUUAACUGCAGAAGAUUUGACUAUCUCUCCAGAAGAAUUUGACGCACAUAUGGAAGCAUGGGAGGCUCAGAAGAAGCAAAGGGAUCGACAACUUAAAUUGCAGCAACCUAUUCCAACAACACCAACUGCUCAAACAUUCUCACACUCUCCUACAAAGCAACAGCACCAAGCAUUAUCACCAUCCAAUGACUUAUUUCCAUCAAGUGUAUUGCUUUCAAGCGCAGAAAUGGUUACCAAGUCUAUUACAAACUUUUUAUCACCACUGCCUCAACCACAAGAUUCUGAACCAGAAGAAUUUCAACCACCUCCAAACCCUCCACCAGUUCAAGAAAAUGACGGUUCUGCACAAUACCAGCCAUUACCUCCUAGAGAGGAAGAAAUUGAUUCUGAACAAAUGAAACAGGCUUAUGAUACGUUAAAAGAGAUAUUCCCAACAUUGGAUACAAAUAUUUUAAAGGAUAUCAUUUUUAUUAAUAGAGGGAAUGUUGAUGUUUGUAUAGAUAGCUGUUUGCAAUUAGUAGAUGGUUAG